AUGUGCCUCAAGAGCACGUCGCAGUUCCCUGCUCCGUUAUCGGCAUGUAGCUAUCUGCCAGACUUAUCGGGCAAAUCGCGAUCGGAUUUUACGAACCAGCCCUGGUCUGGCAUCUAUGAAGCUGGGUUACCAACCGCUGGCCCUCUGGGGUCCACUCCGGCGUUUGGGGCUCCUCGCAUAACACCCAAGACAUUGAAACAAUAUCUAGAUCAGUUUGUGGUUGGACAAGAUCGAGCAAAGAAGAUUCUCAGUGUCGCUGUAUUCAACCAUUACCAGCGAGUGCAAGAGCUUCAACGAAGAGAGGAAGAGAACGCGGAGUUGCUAGCAAGGCGAGCCCGGAGACAAGCAUUGGAGCAUCAUCCUGCAGAGGACGAGUUUCCAGGACAGCAACGCACCGUUCAUUUACCCACCAGUCCCAAGUCGACGACGUCCAAUCCCGAUGAAGCACUUCUUAGCGAUUCGUCUCCACUUCAAUUGGAGAAAUCCAACAUCCUCUUACUAGGACCAUCGGGGGUGGGCAAGACACUGAUGGCCAAAACACUUGCAAGAGUUCUCUCGGUUCCAUUCAGCAUAUCCGACUGUACGCCGUUCACGCAGGCAGGAUAUAUCGGAGAGGACGCCGAGGUAUGUGUUCACCGACUUCUCGCGGCUGCGAACUACGACGUGGAGCAAGCCGAGCGGGGGAUUAUCGUGCUGGAUGAAGUGGACAAACUAGCGGCCGCAAAAGUCAAUCAUGGGAAAGAUGUCAGUGGGGAAGGAGUGCAACAGGCACUGCUUAAAAUAAUUGAGGGCACAACAGUCCAAGUUCAAGCGAAGCAGGAGAGGAAUGCUCACCGAACAAGUGGUACCCCGAGCUCAUAUCCAUCAAACAACCCUUUAGGAAACCCUCCGUUCUCGCAAUCUCCUACAGGCAACGCCCCCCAGAAAGGGGAAAUAUACAAUGUGCGCACUGAUAACAUUCUGUUUAUAUUCUCAGGCGCAUUCGUGGGACUUCAUAAGGUCAUCAUGGACCGGAUAUCACACGGCUCAAUGGGAUUCGGCCAACCUGUCCGCUCACAGUCGAGUCCAACUCAUCGACCCGGUGAUCCGCUCGCCACUACAUCCAACCAGCCUGUUCCCAUCCUACCAGGAUCCGAAGAAGAAGCCUUGUACAAGAAACACCUGCCAUUCUUCACAGCAGCUUCACCCACAUCACCAGACGGCGAACCACCCUAUUUCAACGCCCUGGACCUCCUCAAUCCCACAGAUCUGCAAAACUACGGCUUCAUUCCAGAAUUAAUAGGCCGUAUCCCGGUCACCGCUGCACUCUCAGCACUCUCUCAACCCUUACUUGUCCGGAUUCUAACAGAACCCCGAAACUCACUGCUUGCGCAAUACACCACCCUCUUCUCCCUCUCGGGCAUCGAGCUUCGCUUCACAACCCCGGCCCUGCACAAGGUCGCGGCCAAUGCCUUUGCAAUGGGAACUGGGGCACGCGCCCUCCGUACGGAGAUGGAAAAUAUUCUAAGCGAUGCCAUGUUCGAGACACCUGGUUCAAGCGUCAAGUUUGUGCUCAUUACGGAGGCUGUAGCAGAUCGUAAGGAGAGACCGAUAUACCUUUCCCGAGGCCAGGGCGGCCGUUUUCAUUCCUUGAUUGCAGCCGAGGAGAGCAAGUGGGAGGAGAAGGUGCGGAGGGAGAAGAGCGAGAAAGAGAAGAAAAUAAAAGGUCAAGUGUCUGAGAAUCAACCUAGUAUCGCCAAUUUUCGAGAGUAUCGGACUCGUGCAGCGGGAUUUUAG